AUUUUCAUUCUCCAAUAAUUCUAUUGUUUCUCAUCAAUGGCGGUGUCCACAAAACUGACGCACACAGCGGUGGUGAAGCAAAUUAAGAAGCGGUGUUCCAGUUUAAGAAUAACAAAAAAGAAUAAGAACAACAACAACAACAACAACACUCAUCACCUCCAAUGCGGCGGCGGCGGAGAAGAGAUUCCGGUGGAUGUCCCCAAAGGCCAUUUUGUGGUGUAUGUGAGUGAGAAUAGAAGCCGUUACAUUGUACCGCUUACGUUCUUAACGAGGCCGGAAUUUCAAAUUCUUCUCCAAUUGGCUGAGGAGGAGUUUGGGUUCAGUCAUACUAUGGGCCUUACUAUCCCUUGUGAGGAGCAAGUCUUUCGAUCCCUCACUUCCAUGCUUCUUCGAUAAAUCCGACCCAAACCGAACCGAUUCGAAAACCAUUUUCCGUUUUCUUGUUUAGACUGUGAAUCUAACUGUAUUUAGGGUUAGGGAGAGAGUAAUUAAUUUCUCUCCUUGGAGAGCUGUUUUCCGUUAUUAAUAUAUACAUUCACCGGAAUUGUGCUCGAGAAAUUAUUGAAAGAGAUUUGAAAAUUGUACUUGAAAUCUGUAUCCGAAGGUUAAUUAAUUAGAGAUAUACAGAUUUAAAUCUUUUAUUCUAUAGUCACUAUGGACUUAUUUAGUUAAUGUUUAUUCUCAA